AUGGAAAAUUCUGGUUUUGUACGCGAAGAAUCGUUUGUAUCAAUAAACGAUAAUCAACGUGAUGUUAUUCAAGCUCAUAUCAACAUGAUUAAUGCAACUGCUGAUGUGAUCGUACCAUUAACUAAUUGGCGUUCCAAAUUCAUAAAACUUUGGAAUAAUUAUCAAUGGCGUAUGCGGUACUAUUUUUACAUUCACCUUAGUAUUUUUUUUCUUAAUACACUUUUAUGUGGUAUGAUCGUAUGGAAUAUUGAAAAACAUAAUAUACCUUUUAUUGACUGUUGGUUUAUCAGUGCAACAUGUGUAUUUACUUGUGGAUUACAAACAUAUGCAUUUUCUUCAUUUAGUUUAUCAUCACAAAUUGUAUUACUUAUAUUUACAUUGAUUUCUGAGGAUAAUUCAUUACAUCUUCGACAUAUUAUUCGUCAAAAUUUAAAUAAUAAUCAUUUAAAUAAAUAUAUUCAAUCAUUACCUAAUCCGCAUGAUCUUCAUAUCAAAGCUUAUAUUAUCUUAAUUGUAGUUAUUCUUUCGGCUUGUAUUACUAUUUAUCUUUCUUCAUUUCUUGCAAUUGGUUUUUAUUUAAAAUAUAAUUAUGAUCCACAAGAUUUGUUACAAGCAAAUACAACAGUUGAUCCAUUUUAUGCUUCGUUAGUUAUUACACUUACUGGUUUUAAUCAAAAUGGACUUUCUGUUUGGUCAAAUGGUGUUACUCUAUUUGUCGAUGAUGUUUUUAUGAAUAUCAUAAUCAUGAUUAUUGUUAUGUCAGGAACAUCUCUAUUUCCAGCUAUUCUUCGUGGAAUUGUUGAUCUACUUAAAUAUCUCGUACCAUGGCGAUAUAAAAUUUUUUUUGAUUAUAUUUUACUAAACAAUCAUCGUUUGUCAACUGUUAUUUAUCCAUCGAUUCAAACACGAUUAUAUGUGACUAUUACGAUUUUAUUACAAAUAUUGGGAGUUACUGUAGCAUUGAUACUUGAUUUAAAUAAUACAAAUUUAUCUAUGUAUGAAAACGGUCAACGAUUUAUGAUAUUUAUGUUUCAAACAGUUAAUACUCGUUUUGGAGGUUAUGCAACAAUUAAUAUUAGUGAACUUAGUGCAGCAACUUUGCUUGUCUUUGUUCUGUUAAUGAGUAUCAAACCUCAGAUGUUAUGUGCAAUAAAUGAAACACCAUUUGAAAUGGAAUGGGUUCUACUACAAACGCAACAAAUACUUGAAAAUAAUAUUUUGGAUAAUAGUCGACGUUCUAGCGGAGAAAUAUUCUUGCCAUUUCAUCGAAUGAAACAUUAUCUCUUGCGACAAGGUUCAAUAACAAAAGCACAAGCUAAAACUUAUUAUGCAACAAUGAUGCGAACAAAUCAAGCCGAAGCUGCUAUUGAUGAAUACAAUGGAAAGCGUUAUCAACAACGUUUCAAUACUUCAUCUAUUAACAAAAAUAAUUCAAUGAGAGAAAUUGAUGAUAAUAGUACUAAUCACAAUCAUAUUUCUCUUCUUCGCAUGAGACUUCAUUUGAUUAUUUUUUGUCGACACUUCAUACUUAGUUUAUUCAGCCUUAUUACAUCGACUCGAACGUGGUUAUUUAUCGCUGUUUUUCUUAUUUGUGCUUUUGAAUCAUCUAAAGUAAUACCUAGUAAUCCAAGUAUCACAGUAUUUCGUAUAAUAUUUGAAGUUAUAAGUGCUUUUGGUGGUUGUGGUCUUUCAAUGGGUUUUUCCAGUUUAUCACCAAGUCUUGCUGCUGUACUUACUAUACCAAGUAAAAUAGUACUUAUAUUGGUAAUGUGUAUGGGUAGACAUCGAGGUUUACUCGAUUCGAUGAAAGAUCAAGAAGAAAUUGAAUGUAAUGCUGAAACAUUAAUUCAUAGUUGGCACCAACUUGCCAUUUAUAAAUAUGAUCAGGAAAAUAGAAUGAAUAUGGAUAAACAAAUAUCAACGGUAUCAAUUACAGUUACUGCACCCACACCACCAUUAUCUACUCGAUUUUAA